AUGUAUUUUAGCAAUAAAUCAUCUUCAUUUAGCAAUGCAGAAACCAAUACAGAGAUAAAUAUACUUUUUGAUUCAAUGAUACAUGUUGAUUAGAUGUCUAAAAUGAAUAAUACAAAGAUGCGUUUAUAUUGUUAAUUAUAAGAACAUGGAGGAAAAUUGUAUAAAUUAUUUUAUAAAUCUAAGGCCUAACUUUAAUAAAUUAAUAUUUGAUCCUUCUAGUUUGGGAAGAUAUAAAAAUUUCAUUGGUGCCUCUUCAAAGAUUGCAAAUUACAUAAAACUACUAGAUCCGACGAUUAGAUAGAAAUUUAUUGUUGACGAUAAAUAUAAUGACUAUAUAAAGUAUAUACAUUUAAAUUUAUAUUAAAAGGUAAUCUGUACAUACAAAAAAAGAAUGUGAUAAAAUUAAAGCCUUAAUUAAUGAACACAAUUCAAUUUAUACUCUUAAUCUUAAAGGAUUAGUUGGAAAUGAUUAUACUAAUAAAGUCUAUAAAAAGAAGAUUCCUCAUAAACUGUCAUCUAUUUCUACUGAAAGAAAUUCAGAAUCAAAAAUAAACUAAGAAAUUAAAGAUGUUGAUUUAACUAGAAUUCAUGCUACUUAAAGAGGAAGAAAAGUAAAAGUUAAACCUUUAAAAUCUAAUUAAGAAUCAGAAUUGUAUUUUAAUGAUUCUCCUAGAAGUGUACCUUUGUAACCGAUUAAACGAUCUUAAUUGUACUAACUCUUUGUUAAUUGA